ACAAACGGUAUCACUUCUCGUUUCGGUUUCAACGGUGAAGACAUACUGGGAAUAGCUACUGGAUCUUGGUGACAGGAUGCUAACGAAGAUUCUACUUCUCGCCUUGGUUGGGCUCACGGUGGCCUACCAAUACGAGAGUGCGUCCUUCAAGGGAUACAAGAAUGGUUUCGAAGGAAACUAUCCUGGCUACAAGGGCUACGGUUACGAAGCUGGCUACAAGUACAACAACCAGGGCUACAGCUACAAGAACGGAUUCGAGUACGGUUACCAGAACGCCUACCAGGCUGCGUUCUACAAGCACCGUCAGAAUGUGACCGAGUUUGAGUUCAGCUCGUGGAUGCCAAACCGCGAGUAUGUCUACAACGUCACAUCCAAGACGAUGACUGCUCUAGCGGAGCUGGACGACCAGUGGACUGGUGUCUACACCCGUGCCUACCUGGUCAUCCGCCCCAAGAGCCGCGACUACGUUGUGGCCUACGUCAAGCAACCGGAAUUCGCAGUGUUCAACGAACGCCUGCCAUACGGAUAUGCCACCCCGUUCUACCACGAUAUGUUCAAGUUCCAGCCAAUGCCAAUGAGCAGCAAGCCAUUCGGAAUCCGUUACCACAAGGGAGCCAUCAAGGGUCUGUACGUCGAGAAAACCAUCCCCAACAAUGAGGUCAACAUCCUGAAGGCUUGGAUCAGUCAGCUGCAAGUCGAUACUCGUGGAGCCAACCUGAUGCACUCCAGCAAGCCUGUCCAUCCCUCCAAGAACGAGUGGAACGGUCACUACAAGGUUAUGGAGCCCCUGGUCACUGGUGAAUGCGAAACCCACUACGAUGUUAACCUAGUUCCAGCCUACAUGAUCCAAGCUCACAAGCAGUGGGUUCCACAGGGUCAACUGCGCAGUCAAGAUGACCAGUUCAUCCAGGUCACCAAGUCUCUGAACUUUGAUCGUUGCGAGCAGCGUAUGGGCUACCACUUUGGAUUCACUGGAUACAGCGACUUCAAACCCAACACCAACCAAAUGGGAAAUGUUGCCUCCAAGUCCUUGGUCUCGUACAUGUAUCUGACUGGAAACUGGUACAACUUCACCAUUCAAUCCUCCAGCAUGAUCAACAAGGUUGCCAUCGCUCCGUCCUUUGUGAACAAAGAACCAGCUCUGGUGUACGCUCAGGUUAACUUGACCCUCAAUGAUGUUCACCUCUACGAUAAGGUUCCAAUGGGCCCGGCUGAAGACCAAAAGGUAUUCGUCGACUUGGUUUACAGUUACAACAUGCCAAGCGAUAAAAAGAACACCGUUCGUCCAGGAAAUGAAACCGAAUCUUCAUCAUCUUCCUCUUCAUCGUCCUCGUCAUCUUCGUCUUCGGAGUCCAGCUCGUCUAGCUCCGAAUCUCAGGAAAACCCCAAGGUCAGCCCGGUUGAACAGUACAAGGCCCAGCUCGAUCAAGUCGAAAAGCGUGGAAACCGCUUCCGCCGUGAUCUGAAUGCUUACAAGGAAAAGAAAUACUACGAAGCCUAUAAAAUGGAUCAAUACCGCCUGAGCCGCAAGAACGACACCUCCUCCGACUCCAGCAGCUCUGAUGACUCUUCGUCAUCCAGCUCGUCCAGCUCCUCGGAAUCACAUGAGCGCAAUAACGGUACUUCUUCUGACUCGAGCUCAUCUUCCUCAUCAUCUUCUUCCUCGUACUCUUCAUCGUCGUCGUCAUCUUCGUCGUCGUCCUCGGAGUCUUACUCCAUGAGCAGCGAAGAGUACUACUACCAGCCAGCUCCAGAAAACUUCAAGUACGCUCCUGAGGCUCCUUUCUUGCCAUACUUCACCGGCUAUAAGGGAUACAAUAUCUUCUAUGCCCGCAAUGUCGAUGCUCAACGUUCCGUUGGAAAACUUAUCGAGGAAAUCGCCGAAGACCUGCAAAACCCAUCUACCCUGCCAAAGGCCAACACCAUGAGCAAGUUCAACAUUCUUACCCGUGCUAUCCGCGCCAUGGGACACGAGGAAAUGUACGAACUGGCCCAAAAGUACUUUGUUUCGCAGAAGGAACGUCAGGAUGCCAAGUUCAAUGACAAGAAGUUCAGCAAGCGUCUUGAUGCUUGGGUCACUUUGCGUGAUGCUCUGGCUGAAGCCGGUACUCCUUCGGCAUUCAAGCUGAUUAGCGAAUACAUCAAGGAAAAGAAACUGCGUGGCGUUGAGGCUGCUACCGUUGUCGCCUCAUUGGCUAAGUCCAUCCGUUACCCAACCGAGCAGCUUUUGCACGAGUUUUUCCUGCUGGUUACCAGCGAUGCCGUUCAGCACCAGGAAUACUUGAAUGCUACCGCUUUGUUUGCCUACAGCGAUUUCGUAAACCAGGCUCAUGUUAGCAACCGCUCUGCUUACAACUACUAUCCAGUAUUCAGCUUCGGUCGUUUGGCUGAUGCCGACUAUAAGAUCAUCGAACACAAGAUCGUCCCAUUCUUUGCUCAUCAACUCCGUGAAGCCGUCAACCAGGAAGAUAGUGUAAAGACUCAAGUUUACAUUCGUGCCCUCGGAAACCUUGGCCACCCUCAAAUCCUGUCGGUCUUCGAGCCAUACCUGGAGGGUACUAUCAAGAUCACUGACUUCCAGCGCCUCGCCAUUAUGGUCGCCUUGGACAACCUGGUUAUCUACUAUCCAAGCUUGGCCCGUUCGGUGCUGUACCGUGCCUACCAGAACACUGCCGAUGUCCAUGAAAUCCGUUGUGCUGCCGUGCACUUGUUGAUGCGCACCGAUCCACCAGCCGAUAUGCUCCAACGUAUGGCUGAAUAUACUCAUCAGGAACCAAGCCGCUAUGUCAGAUAUGCUGUGAAAUCCGCCAUCGAAACUGCUGCUUUGGCCGACGAGUACGACAACUAUAGCGACCUCGCUGUCAAUGCCAAGGCUGCCGUCAACUUCCUCUACCCAGAAGAUUCCAGUGUUAAGUAUUCUAUCAACCACAUCCGUGACUACGCCAUGGAAAACCUGGAACUGACCUACCGUCUGCAUUACGGAGAAAUCGCAUCCAACGAUCAUCGCUACCCAAGUGGAAUGUUCUACCAUAUGCGUCAAAACUUCGGUGGAUUCAAGAAAUACACUUCCUUCUACUACCUGGUUUCUAGCAUGGAAGCAUUCUUUGACGUUUUCUCGAAACAGUACAACACCAAAUACUUCGCUGAUUAUUACAAAUCGGCUGACUACAGCACUAACUUCUACAACUAUGACAAAUACUCAAAGUACUACAAGCAGUACUUCUACAACAAGGACAAUGAAUACUACCAAAAGUACAACGGACAGAAGAAGAACUUCUACAGCGAUAAGGAACCAUCGAAGUUCACCGCUUCCCGCAUUGGUAAGCUGCUGAAUAUUGAUGCCCAAGAGGCCGAGCAACUGGAAGGACAGCUUUUGUUCAAACUGUUCAACGGAUACUUCUUCACCGCUUUCGAUAACCAAACCAUUGAAAACAUCCCACGUAAAGUGAAACAUCUGUUCGAAGAUUUGGAAGAUGGCUACGCUUUUGACUUCACCAAGUUCUACCAGCAACAGGAUGUCGUGCUUGCCUGGCCAUUGGCUACUGGUUUCCCAUUCAUCUACACUCUGAAGGUUCCAACUGUUGUCAAGUUUGAGCUCGAUGCUUCCGCCAAGACUCACCCACAAGUUUACAAGCAACCAGCUGGUCACCCAGAAAACGAAAACGAUGAUUUCUUCUACAUGCCACAAACUUUGAACGGAUCGAUGGAUGUGAACCUGUUGUAUCACCGCAUGGUUGACGCCAAGGUUGGAUUCGUCACUCCUUUCGAUCACCAACGCUACAUCGCUGGUUACCAGAAGAAGCUGCAUGGAUAUUUGCCAUUCACCGUUGAUUUGGGAUUGGACCUUGUCAAUGAUGAGUACGAAUUCGAAUUCAAAUUCCAGGAACCUAAGGAAGAUCAUUUGAUGUUCCACAUGAGUUCGUGGCCAUACACUGGAUACAAGGAUAUUACCGAUAUGCGCCCAAUUGCCGAGAAUCCAAAUGCCAAGAUUGUGCACGAUGAAGAUCAAACCACCAAGUCUUUGGAACACACCUUCGGCCAAGAUAUGACUGGUGUUGCUCUGCGAUUCCACGCCAAAUACGAUUUCGACAUGAUGAACUUCCAGAAGGUCUUCGGCAUGCUUAAGAAGCACGAUUUGGUUUCGGCUGUCACCUAUCCAUUUGCUUACCAACCAUAUGAAUACCAUCAGUUCAACUUGUACUACGAUGCCCAACGCACUCACGCCAAAUCGUUCAAGUUCUUCGCUUAUCAGAAGUUCGGUGCUCCUUCCUUCGAAGAAACUGGACCCAAGCACCCAGCCAACCGUCACUCGUACUCUGGAAACUACUACGAAUCGAACUACGCUCAACCCUUCGUCUACAGCGCAGGAAGCCAUCGUCGUUACGAGCAGUUCUUCCGCAAUGCUGCUUCUGGUAUCAGAAAUAGCUUCGUCCGUUACUACGACUUCGGUUUUGAAUUCUACGCUCCACAGUACAAGAGUGAGUUCACUUUCACAACCGCUUUCGCUGAUAGUCCAGUUGACAAGACUUCCCGCCAGCUGUACUACUUCUAUGCCAGCCCAAUGUUCCCAAGCCAAUCGUACUUCAAGGACAUUCCAUUCAGCGGAAAGCAGUUCCAAUUCUGCGCCACCGCUACCAGCGAAUUCCCACGCGUUCCAUACCUGAAGUUCUCGGACUUUGACAAGUACUACGGAGAUGCUAGCCAGUACUUCGAUUUCCUGUAUGGUGAAUCAUGCCAGGGUGGAGCUCACAUUGCUGUCAAGGGUAAGCAGAAGCAGACUGGAAAGUACCGCGAGUACCUGGGCUUCUCUGAUGUUGCCAAGGCUUGCAAGGAACAGAUGGCCAACGGAUACUACCAAAUGGAAGAAUGCCAACGUGCAAUCGAUCAGGCUUACUACUACGAUUUCUACGAUUACUCCUUCGAGUACAAGGAUGUCGGUGCCGUUGCCAAGAACAUCAGCGCCAAAUUCUACGACUACUUCCAGUACGCUUUCUACCCGUACUUCGAAUCGAACUUCUUCUACCGAGGAAAGCAUAACCAGAUCAAGGCUGAAUUCGAAUUCGCUCCCUAUGGCGAUUACUACAACGCUUCCUUCUUCGGACCAAGCUACGCCUUCCAGGUCAAGAACUACCCAAUUGAAAACGAUUACUCGGUCUAUUUCCCGUACUUCUUCAAGUACACUUUCUUCCCUCGCUACCAGCCAUACUUCUUGCACCGUCUGCCAGCGCACAAGCCCCGCAAUCGUCCGUACUACGAACUCUCCAACUUCGAACAGUUUGCCGCUUUCAGUCGUAAACCACAGUAUCCUUCCUGUUCAUUCUCUAAGGAUUACUUCUACACCUUCGACGACAAGAAAUACUUCUACGAUAUGGGUGAAUGCUGGCAUGCAGUGCUGUACACUGUGAAGCCAGACUACGACUUCUACGCUCAACAAUCCCACUUCUACAACUCUGACUUCGAGUACAAGUACAAGAACGGAUUUGAAGAGUACGAACAGUUUGCCGCUUUGGCUCGCCGUGGAUCAGACAACCAGCUGUACUUCAAGUUCUUGUUCGGAGACAACUACAUUGAAAUCUUCCCCAAUAACGCUGACACUCCAUUUGUGAAGUUCAACGGACGCCCAUACGACAUCAGCAAGUACAACAUUGCUCACUUCGAGUAUAAGGAAGGCUACCCAAGCUUCCCAUUCUUCUACGCCUUCGCCUACCCCAACAAGGAUUUGGAAGUCAGCUUCUUCGGUGGAAAGCUGAAGUUCGCUACCGAUGGAUACCGCGCUCGUUUCUUCUCGGACUACUCGUUCUACAACAACUUCGUCGGUCUGUGUGGAACCAAUGACGGUGAAUACUUCUCCGACUUCGUUACUCCCGAUCAAUGCUACAUGCGCAAGCCUGAAUUCUUCGCUGCUUCUUAUGCCCUCACUGGCCAGAACUGCACCGGACCAGCCAAGGCCUUCAACUAUGCCUACCAACAGAAGGCCAAGCAGGAAUGCGUCAAGCGCGAGGUUUACUUCGGUGACGUCAUCUACAACCAGGAAUAUUACCACCCACGUUAUCGUUACUACAACCACAACGUUGAAGAGUCCUCCAGCUCUUCGUCCAGCUCUUCAUCGGACUCUUCGUCAUCGUCUUCUUCCUCUUCUUCGUCCUCGGAAUCGAAGUCUAAGAGCUCGUCCAGCUCCAGCUCUGAGGAGCAAAAGGAAUACCAUCCACACAAGCAGAGCCACUCCCUGAAGGAUUGCCCAGUCCAGCACCAGCACCAGUUCUUCCAGCAGGGCGAUAAGGUUUGCUUCACUCUGCGCCCUCUGCCCGCUUGCCACUCCAAGUGUGUCGCUACCGACAAGGUCAGCAAGUACUUCGAUGUGCACUGCUUCGAGAAGAGCUCUCCCCAGGCCGAGAAAUACAAGUCCGAGAUUGCCCGUGGCUACAACCCGGAUUUCAAGAGCUACGCAUCGCACAAGACCUUCAAGUUCAACUACCCGAAGAGCUGCGUCUACAAGGCUUACUAAAUUCGAACGGAUCUAUUAACCUAAUGACAUCACCUGCGAAUCGACCGGAACCAAAAUGAAUAUUUUGUAAUAUUUUAUUUAUACCAUAAUAAACGAUGAAUUUUGAAUAA